AUGGCCAUACAGCUUCUACCUAAAGAAGUUAUUGAGACUAUUGCAGCGGGAGAGGUAAUUACGUCGCCCACUGCAAUGAUUAAAGAGGUUCUAGAGAAUAGCCUGGACAGCGGAUCUGACUUUAUACGAAUCACCGUGGCUGAUAGACUUUUGGAUGAAAUAGAAAUCGAAGACAACGGAUCGGGAAUACAGGAGGAAGAUCUUUCUCUCUUGUGCACGAGACAUGCAACCAGCAAGCUAUCAAAGCACAGCGAUCUUGAGAGAAUAUCUACGCUUGGCUUUAGAGGAGAAGCUUUAGCAUCCAUUUCUGUCCUGUCCGAGCUAACGGUCAGAACAUCGACAGGCGGGGAUGAGUACGGCUUUGAGGCAGAGUAUCUGCACGAGGAAAUGAUAAAUAAAAAGAGAACUACAGUGAAAAAAGGAACAAAAAUAACCAUCAGAAAGCUGUUCAAAAAUGACCUGCAAAAGUACCAGACAUUCUUAAACAGCAAAACAGAAAUCAAAAAAAUAGUUGCACUGAUAAUGAGAUACGCGGUGUGCUACACGAAUGUGUCGUUUGAGAUAUGCACGGAAACAGAGAUAAAAAGGUACAACAUUCCCAAGCCGCCAAACAAGCAGAGCGCAAUAGGGAACAUAUUCUCGCAGAAGCUCACACACGAGCUUGUUAGGCUGGUGAUAAAGGUUCCUAGCUCAGACACAAACUGCACGUGCUAUGUCACCCACACAAACAUCUCGUUUCCCUCUCCUGUUUUUAUUAUGUUUGUGAACAGAAGACUUGUCGAGAUACAGAGGAUAAAAAAAAGCAUUGGCGGAGUGUACAAAGAAAUACUUGUGAAGGGCCAUCCGUUUGUCUACCUAGAAAUAAACACGGCACAGGAGAAGGUGGAUGUGAAUGUGCACCCCUCAAAGACGGAAGUGUAUCUGAAAGAAGAGGAACAGCUGAAAGAAGAAAUAGAAGAGAAAAUGAGAGAAGUGCUGCAGACACAAAAGAUGUCAGGGAGCACAAAAAUAAACAAGCUAGCAAACGUCAUCAGUGGUGAAAAUAAAAAACAAAUAUCACAGGCAUCACAGACAUCGCAGCUGAAUAUAUUGCAAAGUGUGGCGCAGUUAUCACAAAGUGCUGGUGCAGAGCCAAAGAUAUCACAGAUCUUUCCAAAAUCAGCACAAAGAUCGCAGAAUGUGUCUCAGCUAUCCCAAAGCAUGUCACAGAGUGCAAGUGAUUCUGACAUACUAAAAACGCCGCCAGCAAAGAGAGUGCGGACAGACAGCAAAAUAAAUCCGCUCAGCUUAUUUUUCAACUCACCAAAAAAACAGCCAUUCUACUCUCCGGCAAAGCCGUCUUCAGUCCAGAAGAUUGCCAGUAAGAUCGACCAAAAGACAUCAGCGCCAAGCACAAAUGCGCUAGAAGAGAGUAAGAUUGAGACAAAAGUGCCAGAGAAUGGCAAAAGUGAAAGUGAUCCAAAAGAGCCACAAAGUAAGUUGCUAAAAGAUUCUAUUUUUAUAGGAAUGCUAUCAGGACACUGGGCUGCCAUCCAGAACGAGAUAGAUAUGUAUGCUAUGAACCUAUUCAGUGCUCUAUUUGCGUGCAUAACCAGGUCAUCAGAAGAAAAAACGGUCUACACAUCGAUAGAUGUCUCACUUGACAGUACAAGCUAUUUCCUAAAAGAGAGCGUAAAAAAAGAGCUGCAGGAAGCAGGGAUAAAAAUAGAAAACAACAGAAUCACACAGUUUAAAAUUCCCUCGUUCGAAUGCACACAGAGAGAUUCUACAAUUGACGCACAAAAACUCUCCGAGAUGAUUGCGAGCAUAGACAAUCCAGCAGACAACGAUCGAUCUACACCGCAUGAUCUUAAUAGUAAACACAGAGGAGACGUGCUGUUCUACAGAGUGCUAACAGAAUACUACAUAAAGCACCACACGCUCCACAUUUUUAAGGAAAUACAGCAGCUGUUCCUGCAGCUGCCAACUGACUCUCUAAAUUUACCAGUGAAUAAUCCAUCAUCCGGCACGCGAAAAGAGCCUUCGCUCUUAAAAUCACUGGAGAUCGUAAAGCUCACCUCUGUUACAGAGCUAUACCAAUUGUUCAGCAGGUAA